CUGUUCCCCUCGGGGUCCUGCAGCCCCUCAGGGCUGGGGAGCCCCAAAUCCCACCCCCAUGGGAUGUCCCCACCUCGCACCCACCAACAGGUUAAACUCCCGGCACCCCGUGACUCUGUUUACCACCCAGGAGUUAUUUAUAGGGCUCCUGGCUCCGGGAUUCGAUUCCACAUCCGUGUGUGGGGCACAACCCUAUUUAUAACCCCCCCCAAGGCACAGGGGGCCGGUCGCUGCCCCCCAACUGCCCCCCCAGCCCUCCGGGGGUGCCCAUGGCCCACGAAACCUUUGCCUUCAGCUCCUCGGCCCUGCGCUCGCUGCAGCUCCAGCGGGAGCUGCUGGAGCGGGAGGAGCGGCGGAGAGCCCUGGCCCGGGAAUGGGCCACGCGCCGGUUCCUGCCGGAGCCCCCCCGGGCCCCCCCGAGCCCCCCCCGGCGGCGCCGGUACUGCCGGGACCCCGCCGUGCACAACGCCCUGUACGCCGGGGACCUCCCGCGGGUCCAGAGCAUCUUCAAGGACGAGGCCGCGGCCAAUUUGGUCCUGGAGAUGGUCAGCGAGGAGCUGGUGUGGUCACCGGAGCAGGGGCUGUGGGUGCUGAGCCCCCGCCGGCAGCAGACCUCGGCUCUGCGCAUCGUCACCGCCCGGGGCUACGAGGACUGUGCCCGGCACUUGCUGCUGCGGGGGGCGGCGGUGGACGCCGUGGUGGGGGGCCGGGCCCCCCUGCACGACAGCGCUGCCGCCCCCCACCCCAACUGCGCCCGCCUGCUCCUGGCCUUCGGCGCCGACCCCAACGUGCUGAGCGCCGAGGGCUCGGCCCCCCUGCACCUCUGCACUGCCCCCCAAAGCCUGCGGUGUGCGGAGCUGCUGCUGGCGCACGGCGCGCGGGUGAACCUGGGCACGCGCGACCGGCAGGUGACGGCCCUGCACGUGGCAGCGCGCCAGGGGCUGGUGGCCCACGUGGAGCUGUACCUGCACCACGGCGCCGACCCCUCCCACCGCACCCACCAGGGUGAGACCCCCCUGAAUGCCGCGGCGGCCGCAGCUGAGCACCCCGAGGAUGCCGAGCGGUACCUGCGCGUGGCCGAGCGGCUGCUGGCGGCCGGUGCCGACCCGGGGGCCGCGGGGCGCAAGGGCCACACGCCCCUGCACAACGCCUGUGCCAACGGGCACCCCGGGCUGGCCCGGCUGCUGCUGUGCCACGGCGCCGACGCCACCGUCCCCAACGGCGCCGGUGACACCCCCAUGGACUGUGCCCUCCGCGCCGUCCACGAGUACCGGGACCAGCGCCCCGAGGAGACCCUCGUGCUCCUGCUUGACCACGGCGCCCUCCCCGGGCACCCCAAGAUGCUCAGGUUGUGCUGCCAGCACCCGCCGGCGCUGGAGGUGAUGCUCAACGCCUACGACCGCGUGCCUCCCGCCGAGGGAUGGGCGGAGGACGUGCCUCCCGAGCUGUGGGAGGAGCACCAGGAGUUCUAUGCCUCGGCCGUGCGCAUGGCGGGGCAGCCACGGCGGCUGCAGCACCUGGCACGCUGGGCCAUCCGGAGCCACCUGGGCUCCUGCUGCCACAGCGCUGUCCCCAGGCUGGCACUGCCACCCGCCCUGCGACGGUACCUCCAGCUGCACAUCGAGGGGGUCAUUUCUUGAGAGCAGCCCUUGCUUCCCCACUGGUGUUCCCUCCCCGUGUUCCCUCCCCGUGUCCCCAUCACUGUCCCCUCCCUGUGACCCCCCCCAUGUGCUGGUGUUAAUAAAAGGACGUAGCAGA